GACGGCGCAUCUGUCAUAGAGUACACGCGCCUCAUCUCUAUGGCUUCAGACGACGCCUAUAAAGUGUCGUCCCUGAGGGGGAAGGUGAGCCUGAUCACAGGAGCCAGCUCCGGCAUCGGUGCAGGGACCAGUGUUCUCUUCGCCAAGCUUGGAGCUCUGCUGGCGCUCAAUGGUCGCGACGUGGACAACCUGAACAAAGUGGCCCGGCAGUGUGUUGAAGCUGGCGCUGCGCAGCCUCUGCUUCUGCCGGGAGAUCUGACCGACGAGGAGUGUGUGAAGAAGACGGUGGAGCAAGUCAUCGCUCACUUCGGCCGACUGGACGUUCUCAUCAACAGCGCCGGCAUUCUGAUGAUGGGCAGCAUCGAGACCACCGACCUGGCCCAGUACGACCGUGUGAUGAACAUCAAUGUCAGGUCCGUCUUCCAUCUGACUCAUCUCUGCGUCCCUCACCUGAUAAAGACCAAAGGCUCCAUCGUCAACGUGUCCAGCGUCAACGGUCAGAGAUCAUUCCCCGGCGUUCUGGCGUACUGCAUGUCCAAGUCAGCCAUCGACCAGCUCACGUGCUGCACUGCGCUUGAACUGGCAUCGAAGCAGGUCCGAGUGAACUCUGUCUGUCCUGGUGUGAUCGUGACUGAAGUCCACAAAAGAGCAGGACUAGAUGAGGCGCAGUACGCGCAGUUCCUGGAGAAGUGUAAAAUCACCCACGCCCUGGGGCGUCCAGGAGAGGUGGAUGAAGUCGCCCACAGCAUCGCCUUCCUGGCGUCUGACGCUGCCAGCUUCAUCACUGGGGUCAACCUGCCUGUAGACGGAGGCCGACAUGCCAUGUGUCCUCGAUAAGUUUGUGGCUGUGCGAAUGAAUUUACCGACACAGUCUUUUAGAAGAAAGGACUGUGUCGGUAAAUUCAUUGUGUGCCAUAUAGGCCUUCUGUGCUCAGGAAACUGGUGUUUUCAGGCAUUGAAACGGCAACUUCUUUAAACUGGACCCAGCGUGGAUGGAAUCGAAAACAUGGAUGUCAUCUCCAAAUGUAGUUCUCAUUUGUUCUUCUGUGCUUGGUAGACAAUGGCAUCCAUCUUUUGCAUAUGUGUCAAGUAGUACAGGCCUGACUUGGACUUGUUUCCGAAGUAUUUUCCUUGAAGAUCCUGGUUUUUACAGUUUAUUACUUUGAAAGACACUACAAUUACUGAAGGUAUUCUUUAGAAAAAUAUAUUAAAAUGAUUAAAUUUGAAAAAAAAAUUCAAUAACUAACAAAUGAAUUUAAAUGAAAACAAAGGUGACAGGUGGAAGAGAUGUUGAAGUACCUGUUAAAAUGAGGGAAAGUAGUGGUGGCUAGUGUUGCAGUCAAGACCACAAUAGUGAUGGGUAAAUGAAGCAUCAUAAAGUGUCUCGACACAAUGACAGUGUUGAUACUGUGUCACUGAAUACUGACACCUGCUGGACAUUUGAAAUCCCUGCGGGCAACUUUCUUGACAGACUGAACUGACACUGAUUUGAUGACUUACUGUGUAUAAUAAUAUCAUUUAAGUCUUCAUUAUUCCAUAUCUUUUAAUAACGUGAACACGUACCGUAAUGUGAAAAACGUUUUUCAAUUUUCUAAAUUAAAUGAUACCUUGAAAUUAAUUUGAAUUAGAAUGUAACAAGACAAGUUGAAAAUCUGAGACAAACUAGGUAAAAAUUGAAAUAAAUACAUUAUUCUGCGAUAGGAGAUCACAAUGGUCCCAUACAGACAGCUUACGUUUCCCUUGGAGCUGCCCCCUCGAUCCACAAAGACGUUCACAAGGAACCGUGAGAUUAGACUGUUUCUGCAGUUGCAUCCUGCUGACAGAUGCGCUUCCUUAUGAACACAGUUCGGCGCGUUUUUGCUGAGUCGACACAGUCACGUGAUUUUCAUAAAGCCGUGCACGCACGUGUUGUGGAACCCAUCACGAGACCAUGACACAUGGUCCGAAGUCUGGAGCACAUCAUGACUGAGUCAUGGUGUGAAAAUGAAUGGAGAACAAUGAGUCUCUUAGUCAUUUUUAAACUACAAAACACCGUUGACAUCAGUCCCCAUCCCAGUUGACUUGGAGUAGUUAUUUUAGGGUUGCUGAAUAAAUAUUUGUCAUUUUCAAUCUGCUCUAAAGGAAGAUUUCCAUCAACCCAAGUGUCUAAUUUGCCAUUAAUCUUGAGAUCACUCUAGUUGACCCUCGAUGCCGCUUUGUGUUUGGAGAUUUGACAUUCACAAUCAGGAAAAGUGUAAUGUAAAUAGUAUCUGAUAUAAAUACAGCAAUUGGUUAAUGGCCACAAACUUAACAUUCAGGUGGUGUUUUUUCCAAAAAUAAAAUGCUACAUUUUUCUGCAGUUUAACAUGUAAAUGUUGGUCUAGACAGUCCAGCUUGGCUGAGAUUCUAUGGCAAAACCAAGACCUUAAAGUUGUGGUCUUGGGUCUGGACCUGAGACCACAACACGUCUACAUAACUAGGGUCCUAAUGUAGUUGCCAUUAAAAGUAGAUGAGAAGAAGAAACAGCUUAUUACAAUGACACAAAAUGUCAAAAUGGAGGCAGCAUGAAAACCUGCAAAUAGAGACUGUGAGAAGGAUCUGUCUUAUAAUUUAAUGAUUUGAACAAGCACAUUGUUAAAUUUCCCUUUGUUUUCUUUACAAAGCACCAACAAAGAUCGGUCGUGUCGACUGCAGCACCAAGACUCUCCCUCACUUACGGAGCGGCGCACACUCGGGGGGUGUAGAGCAGGAAGAGGUAGCGUCUCUUGACACGUCUCUGGACAGAUUCUGUGGCAGACCUGACAUGAAAAUGAUGGCACAGCAGUAGUGUGAGUGGGUUUUCUCAGCUCUGGGGCGGCUCAGACGGAACAAACCUGAAGACAGAGAGUGUCAGAAUGACAGUUUCACCUGAUGAUGAUAUUGUGGAGGCUGCAGAUGAAAACUAUUGCACCUUUAAAUCACAAUUUACAGGACACACACACAGAUAUAAAUAAACACUUAUGGGACAAUAAUUGCUUUGCUUAUGCGCUGAGCAACUGAUACUGGAUCAGACCGUGCAGGGAUAUUGUACACCGUGGUCCUGCAAUCCAUACAUUAUUUCCUAAAUCCAGGGCCAUUCAGGUCUUGUUUCACAAGUCUCUGAAAACAGAAGCUUAUUCGAGUCAUCCAUGGGCCGACAUUGACCGUAGUCUUUCAGAGUCUCGCUUCUGUGUCUGCAGUCCGAGCAUUUUUUCUUGAGAAUAUCCAGGUGUUCUCUCCGUCUUUGAGGAGCACCUACAGGAAACACACCGGCCCCACCUCCAGGUGGUAACGGGACCCCGGGCUUGGUCUUGGUAGGUUGGUCACAUCCACGAUGGGGAGUAGGUUUGGGUCCUGGGUGUGGAAGAUGAAGCGGGUCCGAUGCCAGCGUCCGUCUUUCAUCUGGAGGAGGGGAAGGAUUCAGA